CACUUCCGGCAGCCGUCCCCGCGGCGGCGUCUUCUCGCGGGUGCCUGAGCCCGGGUCCUCCUGCCGUCAUGAAGGACGUGUCGGGCUUCCUGCAGCAGAGCCAGAGCUCGGGGCCGGGGCAGCCCGCUGUGUGGCACCGUCUGGAGGAGCUCUACACCAAGAAGUUGUGGCAUCAGCUGACACUUCAGGUGCUUGAUUUUGUGCAGGAUCCGUGCUUUGCCCAAGGAGAUGGUCUCAUUAAGCUUUAUGAAAACUUCAUCAGUGAAUUUGAACAUAGGGUGAAUCCUUUGUCCCUGGUAGAAAUCAUUCUUCAUGUAGUUAGACAGAUGACUGAUCCUAAUGUGGCUCUUACAUUUCUGGAAAAGACUCGUGAGAAGGUGAAAAGCAGCGAUGAGGCAGUGAUCCUGUGUAAAACAGCAAUUGGUGCUCUAAAAUUAAACAUUGGAGACCUGCAGGUCACAAAGGAAACGAUUGAGGAUGUUGAAGAAAUGCUCAACAACCUCCCCGGGGUGACCUCAGUGCACAGUCGUUUCUAUGACCUCUCCAGUAAAUAUUAUCAAACAAUCGGAAACCACGCGUCCUACUACAAAGAUGCUCUGCGGUUUCUGGGCUGUGUUGACAUCAAGGAUCUACCAGUGUCUGAGCAGCAGGAGAGAGCUUUCACGCUGGGACUGGCGGGACUUCUUGGCGAGGGAGUUUUUAACUUUGGAGAACUGCUCAUGCACCCUGUGCUGGAGUCCUUGAGAAACACUGACCGGCAGUGGCUGAUUGAUACCCUCUAUGCCUUCAACAGUGGCAAUGUAGAGAGAUUCCAGACACUGAAGACUGCCUGGGGCCAACAGCCUGAUUUGGCAGCCAAUGAAGCCCAGCUCCUGAGGAAAAUUCAGUUGUUGUGCCUCAUGGAGAUGACUUUCACACGACCUGCCAAUCACAGACAACUCACUUUCGAAGAGAUUGCCAAAAGUGCCAAAAUCACCGUGAAUGAGGUGGAGCUGCUGGUGAUGAAGGCGCUCUCGGUGGGGCUGGUGAAAGGCAGCAUAGACGAAGUGGACAAGCGCGUUCACAUGACCUGGGUGCAGCCCCGGGUGUUGGAUUUGCCGCAGAUCAAGGGAAUGAAGGACCGCCUGGAGUUCUGGUGCACUGAUGUGAAGAGCAUGGAGAUGCUGGUGGAGCACCAGGCCCACGACAUCCUCACCUAGGGCCCCCUGGUGUCCCCUGCCUUGCCUGGGAGGCGUUUCUGUGGCUGAUGAGACUGGCAGCCAGGAGGGUCCGCAUUGGACUGGUGAUGGGGGUGGGGAUCCUGUCUGGAGUUGCACCUGUUCUUGCUGUAAAACGUGACUGUCGUGGACGGCAGGCCAGGCCCCAGGGAAAGGCUUCCUUCAUGAGUCUCUGGCAUGGCUGAUGGGUCUCUGGGCCUCAGGUAAUGAGGGAGAGCAAGAGUGUGCCAGGGAGGAAGAGGCCCUCGAGUCUGGAGGGCUCACACCCAGGUUGAUCGCCAUCCUCAUCUACCUGUGUGAACGCCUUUUCCAAUGGGGUUCGAGAAUGUUCCUAUAAUAAACACCUUUGUUGUGUUUU